AUGGCGCUCUUCCCUCGUGGCUUCUACGGCUCCUACGGCUCUGACCCGAGCUUCACCAACCUCUUUCGCCUUCUCGAUGACUUUGAUACUUACACUCGCGAGGUUCAAGGCAGCGCCCCAGAGACCGGCAGCCGUCGUCAUACCCAGCCCACCCGCACCUUCAGUCCCAAGUUCGAUGUCCGCGAGACCGAGCAGACAUACGAGCUACACGGCGAGCUUCCCGGCAUUGAUCGUGACAAUGUGCAAAUCGAGUUCACCGACCCUCAGACCAUUGUGAUCCGGGGCCGUGUUGAGCGCAACUACACUGCCGGCACCCCUCCCGCACAGGUUGCUGGCGUCCUCACAGAAAAGGGCGAGCCGCAUAGCCCUGCUGCUCACCACGCCACCGUUGAAGACGACGUCGACGAGGACAACCGCUCGGAAAAGCCAAAGGCGCCAGCCGAAAAGUACUGGGUCUCUGAGCGCUCCAUUGGCGAGUUCUCGCGGACUUUCAGCUUCCCCGGUCGUGUCGACCAAAACGCAGUCAGCGCCUCUCUCAACAACGGCAUCCUCACCAUCACGGUUCCCAAGGCCAAGAAGCACGAAACCAUUCGCAUUGCUAUUAACUAAACACGAUGAACGGUCUUCUUGUCUGUGAUAAGGUCCGGAAGAAUUCUUGGAAGGAGAGUCGGUGUGUUAACAGCAUUACAACGGAGCAUUCACUUCAUUUAGCAUCGCAUUGGUAUGACGGCCUGGUUUGGUUGAUUUGGAGCACAGCUGUGAACGAAUACGAAUGAGUAUUGUUGUCAUGGU